CUUCCCAUGACGCACAGCGAAGUGUCAACUGGGAUAUUUCUGGUAAAACUGAAAGCAAGAAAAGCGAGGUGCACGCUUCACGAGGUCCCGGGCCCCGUGGGACUGUGGGUGGAAUUUGGAGGGGUUUGGGUGCCAUCUCCAAGUGACAGAUGGGUGGACCUCUCAUCUGAAAGGAGGAGACACGUUGGCCAGUCGACCUCAGACCCAAAGUUGCUUGUGAAGCGACAUAAAGGGGAAAACACACACACACCAGCUGGAGGGAAGAAUCGAAAAAGCAAGAAGGGUGCGAAUCCUGACAGACUCGCCGCUUGGGCAGGGACUCGCCGGAACCAGAGGCAAAAUGUCCCUGAAGUUGCCAAGAAACUGGGAUUUCAACCUGAAAAUGGAGGCUGCAAAAAUAGGUGGCGGUGGCAUGGAGCUCCUCAGUGUGUGGGACCUGGGGUACUUCGGAUGGGCCAAGCCUACAGAUCAGACACAAAACUCUCGGUCAAGGAGCGUGAUGACCGGCGAGCAGAUGGCGGCCUUCCACCUGUCGUCCACCCCCAACCCUCUGGAAAGGCCCAUCAAGAUGGGCUGGCUGAAGAAGCAGAGGUCCAUCGUGAAGAACUGGCAGCAGAGGUACUUUGUGCUGAGGGCGCAGCAGCUCUGCUACUACAAGGACGAAGAGGACAUGAAGCCACAGGGUUGCAUGUAUCUACCAGGAAGUACGAUCAAGGAGAUCGCCACAAACCCGGAAGAAGCAGGGAAGUUCAUCUUUGAAGUCACUCCAGCCUCAUGGGACCAGUGUCGCACGGGACAGGACUCCUAUGUCCUCAUGGCCAGCUCCCAGGCGGAGAUGGAGGAGUGGGUUAAAUUCCUUAGGAGAGUCGCUGGCACACCCUCUGGAGCCGUGUUUGGUCAGCGCUUGGAUGAGACCGUGGCUUAUGAGCAGAAAUUUGGCCCCCACCUGGUGCCCAUCCUGGUGGAGAAGUGUGCAGAAUUCAUCCUGGAGCAUGGCCUGAAUGAAGAGGGCAUCUUCCGCCUGCCCGGGCAGGACAACCUGGUGAAGCAGCUGAGAGAUGCUUUUGACGCCGGGGAGCGGCCCUCCUUUGACAGAGAUACAGAUGUGCACACAGUGGCCUCCCUGUUAAAGCUCUACCUCCGAGACCUCCCAGAGCCAGUGGUUCCCUGGAGCCAGUAUGAGGGGUUCUUGCUUUGUGGGCAGCUCAUGAAUGCAGAUGAGACAAAGGCUCAGCAGGAGUUGAUGAAGCAGCUCUCCAUCCUUCCUCGAGACAACUACAGCCUCCUGAGCUACAUCUGCAGGUUCCUACAUGAAAUCCAGCUGAACUGUAGUGUUAACAAGAUGAGUGUGGACAACCUGGCUACUGUGAUUGGUGUGAAUCUCAUCAGGUCGAAGGUGGAAGACCCUGCUGUGAUCAUGCAAGGGACUCUUCAAAUCCAAAGAGUGAUGACCAUGAUGAUCAGAGACCAUGAAGUCCUCUUCCCCAAGUCCAAGGAUGCACCACUGUCACCCUCUGCCCAGAAAAAUGACCCCAAAAAACCUCCAGUGGCUCGAAGCUCUGUGGGCUGGGAUGCCACUGAAGAUGCCCCAAUUUCUAGAACAGACAGCUUUAGUAAUACGACCAGUGACUCGGACACAACCAGCCCCACUGGACAGCGGCCGAGUGAUGAGUAUCUAGAAGACAACGGCAAAGCCCCCAGGGAAAAGCCAGGAGAUUGGAAGUUGCAGUCUCGAAAAAGGACUCAGACGCUCCCUAACCGGAAAUGCUUCUUGACAUCAGCUUUUCAAGGUGCCAACAGUAGCAAAGUGGAGAUCUUUAAAAAUGAGUUCUGGUCACCUUCUUCAGAGGUGAAGGCAGGGGAAGGGCACAGGAGAACGAUGUCUCAAGGUGUUCCACAACUUUCUGACCCCCAGCGGACUUCCACCUAUGAUAAUGUCCCUGCCCUGCCCGGGUCCCCCAGGGACGAAGCAGGUGCACUCUCUCCCCAUGCCUGUGACCCCAAGAGAGACACUUUUGCCAGCCCAACCUCUGAAACCGGACCUGGAAGAAAGAACUCUGGAGAAGAGGACCCUGAAUCUUUGCAGAGGGUGGUCCAGGAGCUACGAAAGGAAAUCGAAACACAGAAGCAAAUGUAUGAGGAACAGAUUGAGAACCUUGAGAAGGAAAAUUAUGACGUCUGGGCUAAGGUGGUGAGGCUCAAUGAAGAACUGGAAAAGGAGAAGAAGAAGUUUGCAGCCUUGGAAAUCAGCCUUCGCAAUGUGGAGCGCUCCCGGGAGGACGUUGAGAGGAGGAACAAGGCCUUGGAAGAAGAAGUCAAGGAAUUUGUCAAAUCAAUGAAGGAGUCCAAGACGGAUGCGUGAGGGUGCCAGGAGUACUGCAGAGACAGCCCGCAGAGACCAAAUACUGCUCCCUUUCUCGGUGCAACCUGAUGACUGGGAAGCACAAUUACUCCCUAGGAGGGAGAAGAUAUUGUGGGGCAAACAUCACAUUCCCUAGUAAAUAAAUCAAUGGAGUUUGUAGGAGGAUGAGACUGAACAGUGACAUGUGUGGACAUCUAAGACCCCCUGUGGCCAGAUUCAAAAGGAUUGCAUUAUUCCACAGUGGUCUCAGGCUGACUGAAAUGGAACCUUCCAUGACUGAAUAGUUAUGUGUGAUGGAGACAUUUGAGGCAGGCCACAUCCCAGGCAACAGGCUGCCCCCAGCUGAGGCUGGACUGAGGCGUUAGUUGUUUGUUUUCUGUGUGGAACAACUUGCCUAAUCAGAUGGCACCAGGGCAUCUCUGAGACACAGGUGCAGAAAAUGACAUUCAGCUUUUGAGUGCUGGUCCAUGGUAUGCUGUGUUUUCCAGGGGCUGCACCUGCUGAAGCCAGAGCCCUGUUCUGCCACCCCCACCACAAUGCGUACUCUCCAGGAGUGAUUAUUAGACUAAGACAAAACAAGCAAGAAACUGUAUUUAUGAAAGCAAAUCGAUGAGAAAAUUAUAUUCAAAUAAAGCGAAAAAAAAAGGCA